AUGGCUAUACUCCAAAAACCCCGGGAGGAAGCAAGAGAUGAUGGCCUUUUAAUAAACAUACAGAAGAAGAAGGAGAGAAAAGAGGAACCGACGAAGAUGUCAUUGAAUGCACCCGGAAAGUCAAUAUUGUUUUCAUCUGUCUUUGAAGAAACCGGAGAAGAAUCAGGGAGUACGAAACUGCAUACAACCAAUGUAAAGUCAGAACUUCUGUAUGGAAGGUCACAAGAAGCUGCAGAUAUCUAUCAAUACCUUCGUCGCAUCGUCAACACCACCUGA